AUGCCUCCAACCACCCUUCUCCCCUUCCUGUACCCCCACUCCUCCCGUCGACUCUUCAUCCGUCUCAUCCGUCAAAAAUCCACAUUAACACCUUCAACCGCCCGAUCCCUCCUCGAAUCCGAACUACCCACGCUCACAACCCCCACCACGGCAACUCCACAAUCCCAAACAAACCUCGCAACCGACCACCGAACACCUCCGUUUCUCGACACCCUCUCGCUAACACUAACCUCCGGUUCCGGCGGGAACGGCUGUGUUUCAUUCCUUCGCGAGAAGUUCGUUUCUCAUGGACCACCUAACGGUGGAGACGGUGGGGAUGGUGGAGAUGUUUAUAUCACUCUUGACGAGCAAAUCGGUAGUCUUCAUAAAUUAUCAAGAAUGAAGAUUGUGAAGGCUGGGAGGGGGAGUAAUGGACUCGGUGGGGCUAGGAAUGGAGCUAGAGGGGAGGAUGUGGUGUUGAAGGUUCCUAGGGGGACUAUUGUUAGAGUUUUGGAGAGGGGGGUUGAUGGGAGACCGUUACCUUCUGAAGUUUUGGGGGAAGAAGAGUAUUUUGAUGAUGAUGGUGGUGGUGGUGAUGGGGAGGUGUAUUAUGAGGGACAGAUGGGGGAGCAAGAGGGAGAGGAAGGGGAGGAGUUUAUUGUGAAGAAUGCACAUGAUGGGAGGACGGACCAGGAUCCUGCGGAGAUAUUGAAGAAGAAGAUGAGAAGGAAGAAAAGGAUUCCUAGAAGGUUUGCGAAGAGUAAUGUUGACGAUCCGGGGAGUGAAUAUAUUCAUUAUCCGUUAAGUCUUGCUAUGAACAUGAAUUCACCGCAUUGGCCGCCGAGGAAACCGAUAAGGAAGGAUAUGUCACAACCGGAGGUUUUUAAAGUCGAUUUUUCGAAGGAGGAGAAUGACAGUAAUGGUGGUGAUGGUGGCGAAAGGGGUAUUGGGGGGAAGAAAAGGACUAUGGAACCUAUACUUUUGUUGAAAGGUGGUGCUGGGGGUUAUGGGAAUCCGAACUUUAUUACAAAGGAUUUGAGGAGACCUAUGUGGGCUACCAAAGGGUCGAAGGGUUCUACGAUGAAGAUUCAAUUGGAGUUGAAGUUAUUGGCCGAUGUGGGACUUGUGGGGAGACCGAAUGUGGGGAAGAGUAGUUUGUUAAGGUGUAUCACUGGGAGUAGAGCUAGAGUUGGGAACUGGGCUUUUACGACUUUGAAGCCUAAUAUGGGGACUGUAGUCUUGGAUAAGGGACUGGGGACUGGUGAUACUCUGUUUGGAGCUGAGGAUGGAGAAGCUGGAAGGGAGAGAUUUACGGUUGCAGAUAUUCCUGGACUAGUGAAGGAUGCUGGAGAGAAUAAAGGUCUAGGGUGGGAUUUCCUUAGACAUGUGGAGAGAGCUAGGGGGUUAGUAUUUGUGGUCGACUUGGGCUUCGAUCCUGUUAAGCAAGUGGAGGGACUCUGGAGAGAUAUCAUGGAAUACGAGAAGAUGAGAGAAGUUCAAAGACUGGAAGCAGCAGAGGAGGAAAGAAGAUUAAGAGAAGAAGAGCGUAUGAGAAAAGAAGACGAGGAAGAAAUGGGUGUCGUUAUCAAGCUGAGCGAGGAAUUCGAAGAUGACGUCAAACCCGAGGAAGGGAUUAGUGAAAAACCUUGGAUGGUCGUUGGGAAUAAAGCUGACUUGGAGGGUGCAGAGAGAAGGUUUAUGAAGUUGAGAGAGUAUUUCGAUAGGCUACAGAUUGAUGGAAAGGUUAAGCGUCCUAUUGGGUGUAUUGCUGUCAGUGCACUUCGAGCAGGAAGUUGGUCGGAUUCUGAAUAUGAGAAGGAAUCUGAGGUAUGGAAGGGGGUUAUCCAAUGGUUUAGAAGCCUUGUUACCUAA